AUGAAGCACGCACGAACCACUAAGGAGCAGAGGGCACAGUGGACACAGACCCACAGACGGCAACAGAUUUAUGGGCGGAAACUCCGAGAGGACGAAUACCUUUGCGGACGAGCCAUAGCAGAACAUAAGGAACAGCGGUGCCCUGGCGAGCAGAGUGGUACUCGAGUAGCUGAUCGAGCAAUCAUCGACGCCCUACUGGGUCUGAGGCGCAUGGGUAUUAUGGGAAGGAGAGGCAACAUGGUCACCAAGUAG